GCGACCCGCCUCCUCCUUCCCCGCCACGACGUAGACACGACAGGGCAGGCCAUGUCGGGCAUCACCACCAUCAGCCAGCAGGAGGUCGUCAUCCCCGACCUCACCAUCAAGGACCUCCUCGGCGCCAUCCCCGCUCACUGUUUCCAGCGGUCCGCGCUCAGGUCGUCCCUCUACGUCGUCUGGGACUUCUUCCUCCUGGCGUGCUUCUACAAGGGCGUGACCUACGUCGACCCCCUCAUCGCGCCCGAGCACAUCAGCCUCCCGUCUCCCUACCUCUACCUGCUUGCGCGCGUCGCACUUUGGGCCGUCUACGGCUUCGCCGCUGGUUUGGUCGGUACCGGUCUCUGGGUCAUCGCGCACGAGUGCGGUCACCAGGCGUUCUCCGAGUCCAAGUUCAUCAACAAUACCGUAGGAUGGGUUCUGCACUCUGCCCUCGGCGUUCCCUACCACUCAUGGCGCAUCACCCACGCCAAGCACCAUGCAUCCACCGGCCAUAUGACUCAGGACCAGGUUUGGGUUCCAAAGACCCGGUCUGAACGGUCUUUGCCUCCUCUCGACCCCUCGAAAGAGGACAUCCUCGGCGCUAGCAUCGUCGACGAAGUCAAGCAAGAGCUUUAUGAAGCCCUCGGCGACUCUCCCAUCGGCGCUACCUGGGGCGCGUUCGUCUACCUCAUCGCCGGCUGGCCCAUGUACAUCAUGACCAACGCAUCUGGCCAGAGGCGGUACCCCCCGGGCACGAACCACUUCAAGCCGAGCUCGGUCAUGUUCAAGCCCGAGCAGCGGGGUCAGAUCAUCCUCUCCGACGUCGGUGUUCUCAUCUGGCUCGCGACCAUCGUCGCCUGGAGCUACACCCGCGGCUUCGCUGAGAUGUUCCGUGUCUACUUCGUUCCCUACCUCUGGGUCAACCACUGGCUCGUCCUCAUCACCUUUCUCCAGCACACCGACCCCAUUCUCCCGCACUACCGCGCACCCGAGUUCACCUUCCCCCGUGGUGCGCUCGCCACUCUCGAUCGCAGCCUCUUGGGCGACCUCGGCGCAAUCGGCGCCUGGAUCGGCGCCUGCGCCACCCACGGUAUCUCGGAGACGCACGUUCUUCACCACGUCUCCAGCAAAAUCCCGCACUACCACGCGUGGGAGGCGACCUAUGCUCUCCGCAAGAAGCUCGAGAGCUCCGGCAUCAAGCUUGAGGGUCGUGCGGGUGGAUGGGCGGAGAUCUACCGUGUCUGGCACGAGUGCAAAUUCGUUGAGGACGAGGGCAACGUCGUGUUCUACAAGAACGCCUACGGCCUUGCUGCGAGCCGCCCCCUCUACCCCGAGCACAGCGCCAGCGACUCUGGCAUCGAGAUCAACGACAAGUAGAACGAGAGGCUACCCGCACGCGCUUAGAGUCGGCGUGGCUCUCUUCGCCUGAUUAUAUUAGACCAGUUUGUCGCUUGUGUUCUCCGCCCGAUACCGGGCACCCCUCGUUCGUCGUUGCUGUCACUUGCUGAUUCCCGCAUGUUACAUAAUCAAGGGUUAGUCUAGUUCGGGGUUCGGUUUUACAAAGGAAUGGCAUACAUCAUACAAUGCAAUACAACGAGUCUCUCUCCC